AAAAUAGAAAAGAUGGAGGUAGUAGAUUGUUCACGUGUUAAAGUACAAAUAUCAGUUUUGAGAUACUGCAAGUCAUACAUUCCCGAAUGUGCAUUUCAAAUUUGUUAAUCGUAAUAAUCGAAUUAAUUGAUGACAGUGUAAAACCUGUGCUGGUGCUGUUCAGUCUAACCACGAGUGACGACUCACGACAAAAAAAAACACUAAUAAAUAAAUGCAAAUUAUUUUAAUAGUUUAAAUAAAAUGGAGUACAUAGCAUCAUUGCCCAGGCUCCUCUUUUCGGAUGAGUGCCUUAAGGAGUAUUUUACCAAUUUCAAUUUCUUACACGCUCAAUGUUUCAAAGCAACCCUCAGCAAAGGACUUGGCCUUGGGAUAAUCGCUGGAUCUUUCAUGGUGAAAGUGCCUCAAGUCAUCAAGAUUUUCAAUAACAAAAGCAGUGAGGGAAUUAACUUUGCUAGUGUUCUAUUAGAUUUAUUUGCCAUUACUGCGAUGAUAUCGUAUAGUUUCGUCAGCGGUUUUCCAUUCAGUGCCUGGGGUGAUGGUGUAUUCUUGGGGAUUCAAACUCUCGCUAUAGCUAUACUCGUUCUGCAUUAUCGAGGGGACACAGCAAAAGCAAUUGCAUUUCUCGUUGCGUACUUAUCAAUCAUUAUCGCAGUGAUUACCGGAUUAACGCCAUUAAACGUUUUAUGGGGAGCUCAAUCACUUACGAUUCCUAUUGUUCUGAUAAGCAAGCUGUUUCAAGCUCAUACGAAUUACAAAAAUGGUAGCACUGGGCAGCUAUCGGCGGUGACAAUGUUCAUGCUUUUAUUCGGCUCAAUGGCAAGGAUUUUCACAUCAAUUCAGGAGACUGGUGAUACGAAUAUGAUCAUCAUGUACAUUUGCUCUACCUCUGCAAAUGCUAUCAUCGUUGGUCAGUUACUUUACUAUUGGAACGUUGGAGCUGAGAAUAAAAAGAAAACGAAAAAAAUUAAAUAAGCACUCAUUCACUUGUAAGUUUUUUUUCUAUUUUAUUUUCACUUUUUAACGGUGGCUUCCACUUCCACACAUAGUUCGAUGGUAUCUAUAUAAUGGAUUUGUUUCUCAGAUUUUAAUUUUAUAAAUAAAAUCUUCAAACGAAUUUAUAAAA